AUGGCCCAGCAGAGUCACAGAGCAGCCCCUGGUAGUUGUCAUUCUUCUUCCUUUUAUUCAACCCACUGUCUCUUUAUUUCUUUAUUUAAAAUUCAAAGGUGUCAAAGCUACACAGAAUCACAAAAUCUAACAGGCGUCCCAGAAUUCCUCCUCCUGGGCCUCUCAGAAGACCCAGAGCUGCAGCCGCUCCUCUUUGGGCUGUUCCUGACCAUGUACCUGGUCACCGUGCUGGGGAACCUGCUCAUCAUCCUGGCUGUUGGCUCUGACCCCCACCUCCACACCCCCAUGUACUUCUUCCUGUCCAGCCUGUCCCUGGCUGACAUUGGUUUCACCUCCACCACAGUCCCCAAGAUGCUGGUGAACAUCCAGACCCACAGCAAAUCCAUCAGCUACUCAGGCUGCCUCACCCAGAUGUGUUUUUUCAUGGUUUUUGGAGGAAUGGACACUUUUCUCCUCACCGUGAUGGCCUAUGACCGGUUUGUGGCCAUCUGUCACCCUCUGCACUACACGGGCAUCAUGAGUGUCCAUCUCUGUGGCCUCCUGGUGCUCAUGUCCUGGCUCAUCAGCUUGUCAUACUCCCUGAUGCAGAGUCUGUUGAUGCUGCGGCUGUCCUUCUGCUCCAGGCGGGUGAUUCCACACUUCUACUGCGCAAUCGCUCAGGCCCUCACGCUUGCCUGCUCAGACACACUCAUCAGUCACAUCCUGCUGUACAUGGUGACUGCCUUUCUGGGCAUUGUCCCCUUCUCGGGGAUCCUUUUCUCCUAUACCCGGAUUACAUCUUCAAUAUUGAAAAUCCCAUCAGCUAAUGGGAAACGUAAGGCCUUUUCUACCUGUGCAUCUCACCUGUCUGUGGUUUCUCUAUUCUAUGGGGCAGGCCUUGGUGUGUAUCUCAGUUCCGAUUCAUGUUCCCAGAAGGGCAUGAUUGGCUCGGUGGUGUACACGGUGGUCACCCCCAUGCUGAACCCCUUCAUCUACAGCCUGCGU